AUUCACAUUAUCAUAUUCAUCAUAAAUAUCAAAAUAAAAUUCUGUCUUAUUCGUUUAUCAUAAAUUUAAAUCAUAACUGCAGCUGUUGUUAUUAUUCUAUUUCGAGUAAUUGGUUUUUCACUAUCUGAAUACAUACAAUCAAGACAGAAAAGCACUGUUUACAAGCAGUAGCGGUUGAGAUCUGCAUCCGUCCCUCACGGAAGUUCGCAGCGAUGCGUCGCGACCCCGCAGACAUGGCUCGGUGAAGCGAAUGGUGGUGCGACUCAGUCGCGUCAAGGGGUUAGAGGGGCGCCGCAAUGACGUGCUGUUCUCGCCGUGCGCGCGCCGCGUGCAAACACCGCCCGCUCUCGUGUUCUGGGGCGGCGAUGUGCAGGACUAUCCGGAGAUCAUGCAGGCGCACCGCGACAAUCGGAACUAUAUCAAGUGGAACCUUGAAAACACGGCUCGCAUCCUCAGUCAAAACUUCCCCACCUACCACAUCGUAGUCGUACGGCCCUCUAGGAUCGAGUAUAAGAGCUUUAGUUGCUAUGACAACUUCGUGCCGAGCAACAACGCCGGCGUGCCCGAGCACACGCCCACGCACAGCGCGCUGCUACACCUGCACAGGUUACUGCAAGAAGUAAGUAAUCAAGUGAAGAAGAUUCCCGAAGAGGAGUUACUGGCGGGCCUGGAGGCCGCCGCGUCCGAGGACCCUGAAGAUUUCCACACUAUUUCGCCAAAGGAAGGCAGCUCGAACGGCGCGGCGAGCCCGGCCCCGGAGACACUCGAGCCGUCGACGAGCAGUCUGUGGUGGCGACCGAGCUUAGCGCUGCAGGACUCCAAGUUGGCGCUGGUGGGCUUCAGUAAAGGCUGCGUGGUGCUCAACCAGCUGCUGUACGAGUUCCACUACACGCACACGCUCACGCCUGCGGACACGCAGGCCACAAGGUUCAUCUCGUGCAUCUCGUGGAUGUACUGGCUGGACGGCGGGCACGCCGGCGGUCGCAACACGUGGCUCGGCUCGCGCUGUCUACUAGAAACCCUCGUCAGGCUCAACGUGGAGAUCUUUGUGCACGUGAGCCCGUACCAGGUGAUGGACGACGCGCGGCCGUGGAUCGGCAAGGAGGAGCGCGCCUUCACCGCCAUGCUGAGGAACUUGGGCGCAAAUAUCCACCGCUACCUGCACUCGGACGGCACGCCAGUGACGCUCCUCACACACUUCAACGUGCUGAGCCACUUCCGCGGCCUGCAGGCCUCCGCCGGCGCCGGCGCCGGGGCUCCGCACACCGACGAGGACCCCGACGAGAACACCAAAUAGAACAUACGUGCUUACAAAUCAGGGACCGGAUUUUUGCAAAAACUUCGAAAUAGCCACAUUUUUCGAAUAGGGGAUAUUACUGCAAUGUUCUGCCACCAGGGUGCAGCACUAGCCUUUUUAAUAUUAAAUACUGUGUGAAUAGAGUAACUUAUAUUUAACUUUUUAGUAAACCAUAGACGAACUGCCGGUAGGCCUCCAACAAGAUGGAGCGACGACCUGGUGAAGGUCGCGGGAAUUCGGUGGUUGCGAGCGGCACAGGAUCGGUCGGAGUGGCGAGCCUUGGGGGAGGCCUAUGUCCAGCAGUGGACGUCUAUCGGCUGACAUGAUGAUGAGAGUAACUUAUACAUACCCUUUAACAGGUUUUUGACAAGUUUUCAGAGAUAAUAAAAUAUGACAUUGAUGCAUCAAGGCGGUUCGUUUACAGAGGACCUACCGGGAAACGCGGAUCCGAAAUUUCGCUAUCUGCCUCUUUAUCGCUCGAAUAUGCAAGUGACAGAGAUGCUAGAUAACGAAAUUUCGAUUUUCUUGUUUCGCGAUAGACCCUCAGAUUGUGUUACUGGCGCCAUCUACGCAGUUUCGCGUAAUAUUCCCUUUUAUUUUAUACUCGAAAUACAGGACUCAGUUAUGUAUUUAGGUAACGACUUCGUAUUAUUAGAUUGCCUAAUUAGAAAAUAAAUAAUUAACAAAAAACGAAAAUCCCGUCCACGAUUUUCAUUCCCAUACAAAAAAUACCAGUAAAUCCCUGAUCCCUGUUAAACCUUGUUUGCUUAGAGUCGACGACUGGCGUGUGACCAAAGAGAAAUGAAAAGACAGUCGCGACACAUGUGACAUCUAGUGUCGAAUAGCAGUACUGAUAGUUCCGCUACUUGACGCUAGAUGUAGACUACGAAAGUAAUAGUUUUUUUGGUAACAAAACCGAUGUAUGAAGUGAGCACUCGUGUCUUCUUAAUUCUCUUCGGCUUGACACCGUCGUGUUUUUUUGUGAAAUGAGCACGCGUUUUUCUUAAUUCUUUCCCAUUUCUGUUGUAUUGUUUCUAACCACUCAGUACCUAAAGAGUAAAAAAAAACGUUCCUGCUUAGUACAAAAUGUUUACCUCUACCUGAACGGGGUUGGCAACUGUCAAUGGUUUGCAGAGAUGGCGCCAUCAUAGCUUGCAUUUUUUUCUAUGAGAUAUGGCUUAAAGCUAGCAUCCAGGGCAUAAAAUUUCAUUUAAAAAAAUUGACACAAUUCUAGGAAUUGACAUGGCAAGCUAUGCUGGCGCCAUCUGCUAAACACUGACCGGCCAACCCCAUUGCAGUUAUUUAAUUUUAAUCGAGGUGGGAGAUUAUGAGUAUAUUAUAAGAAUUAAUUGUAUUUCAAAUACUCGUAACUAAAACCGCCUAAAUGAAACAUUUCUUUUGAUUAAAUUUGUAUAAAAUUUAAUUUAAUUUUACAAUACUUGUAAACAAGCAGGCUAAGUAGAUUAUUUUUAUCAAAGAUAGAUAUAACUCCGUAAUAGAUGGAUACAGUCUAAGGAAAAAACGUGCCUCGAAAA